CGGAUGGGCGAGGUCACCUGGCUGCGUCAGAAAGCUAUAGACUACCUGCUGUAGACCAGUUCCAUCCUCAAUUUGCGGCUGUUGAGACGGUGGAAGUAACUGUUGUGUUACAUUUUAAAGACUUCGAAGGAUUAAAACGCAGAGGGAUUUUACAAGACCCUUAGCGUGUCGAAUGGCGUGUGCAAGGAUUGUACGAUUGGGAGUUAUCGUUUUUCUUUGUCAGUUAUUGUCGUGUGGAUAUGCGGAGGCGUCGACAUGCACACCUGGGUUUGAGUCGGAGUUAAUCGUUUUUAAAGUGCACAGAGAUCACCUUCACAUGGGAAAAAGACUAGGAAGAGUAACUUUCAAUAACUGCGAUGGAAGAACAAGAACCCUCUUUCAGUCCGUUGACAAGCGGUUUGAUGUGGACACGGAUGGGACUGUAACUCUGAAGAGACAAGUGACUCUUCAUGAAGGCCACAAGGUGUUUUCUGUGCACGCUUGGGACUCCAGUGGCAAGAAGCACACUGUAUCUGUCAAAGUUGAGCGUAUCCACCAUCAUAAGGGGCAUCACAUGGAUACAGCCAUGAACAUCUCCUCUCCAGAGAUGGAAUUGCCCUCUGAUCAGGUUCUGACUUUUCUAAAGUCUUCAACGGGUCUGAAGAGAGCAAAGAGAGGUUGGGUUAUUCCUCCAGUCAAUGUACCUGAGAAUAGCAGAGGACCGUUCCCAAUGAAGCUGGUCCAGAUAAAGUCCGACUAUGCCCUGGAAACUCGAAUGCAAUACAGCAUCACAGGUGAAGGGGCAAAUCAGGACCCAAAGGGAAUUUUCACUGUUGAAAGAUUAUCAGGGAAUCUCUAUGUGACUCAGCCACUCGACAGAGAAAAAAAAGCUUCAUACAAACUUAUAGCUCAUGCUACAGCACUUGAUGUGAAUAAUAUAGCAGAAAAACCAAUGGAAAUUGUCAUCAAUGUGAUCGACCAAAAUGAUAAUAAGCCUGUGUUUACUCAAAAUCCUUUUAAUGGAUAUGUUCAUGAAGCUGCUGGAAAAGAUUAUGAGUUUAUGACGGUCACAGCUACUGAUGCAGAUGACCCAGAUACGAACAACGGUAUAGUCAGCUAUGCAAUUGUCAGCCAAGAGCCACAAUUUCCAAAACCGAACAUGUUUGAUAUCAACGUUUUAUCUGGAACCAUUCGUGUGCGAGAAUCAGACAUGGACAGAGAGCAAUGGCCCAGAUAUACUUUGUUAAUUGUGGCUGCUGACAUGGAAGGAGAUGGUUUGGCAGCCACUGGCACAGCUGUUAUUACGAUUACUGACAGCAAUGAUAACCCACCACAGUUUGAGCAAACUUUGCACACCGUAUCCGUUCCAGAAAAUAAAGUGGGGGCUGUAGUGGCUAAACUUACAGCUACUGAUGAAGAUGAAGUUGGAUCACCUACCUGGUCAACCAAGUAUCGUAUUAUUAGUGGUGACAAGGGUGGGUUUUUCAAUGUCAGUACUGGACCCAGCCAGCUGGAGGGCAUCAUCACCACUGUAAAGCCCCUGGACUUUGAGAAGACCAAGCAAUACGUUCUGUCUGUGAUUGUUGAGAACGAUGAUCCUUUUGUUGAUUCUUUGCCCACUUCCACUGCCACAGUCACGGUGAAUGUAGAAGAUGUGAAUGAGCCUCCCGAGUUUAAUCCAAAGGAGAAGGUUAUUUUCAAAUCUGAAGAUUCACCAAUUGAUACUGAAUUGGUUGCUUAUACAGCCACUGAUCCAGACACUGGAAAAUCACAGAAGAUAAUACAACUCUUUGUACCACAGAAUUUGAAGGCUGCGGAUAACGAUCCCACAGCACCCCCAUACGACUCCCUCCUGGUGUUUGACUAUGAAGGAGGAGGCUCCGAUGCGGGUUCACUCAGCUCCCUCAACUCUUCCUGCUCAGGACAGGACCAAGACUAUGACUUCCUCAAUGAGUGGGGCCCACGCUUUAAGAAGCUGGCAGACAUGUUUGGAGGAGGAGAGGAUUAAGAUUAUUUAUUUUUUCCCUCUGCGCAAGAGGCACAUUGAUGGUUUAAAAGUGCAAAAAUAUGAGACAAUUUUGUACUUCAGUUUAUGUUCUGGUGAAUUCCAUACUAUGUUUAAAGUUGGAACUGGAAUAAUAGCACUGUUCAUGCAUCAGCAUAAACAAAGGUUCUUUGACUUGAAGUGUUUUCUUUUUAUGGGAGCAGUCUUGGGAGGAACUUGCCUUUUUUUUUCCCCUCUCUCCUCAUCCCCUCUUUAAAUGAAGCUCCCAACUGAAAAGGCGUUCAAUAUUUGCUCUGAUUUGCUCAGUAGGUAAAAAGCUAUAAUACGGCUUAAGAUGUUUGUCCAAAGCUGUGUUCCUGUAUAUUUUAUGUAAUGCUUUUUGAGAAAUGAGCAUUCUUUCAACAUUUUGCUACCUUUUGUUAACUUUGGCAUUAAAGAUUGCUCUAAAGCAUGAAUGAUACUGUAAAUAUACCAUUUUUGAAAAGCACUAAUUUUUCAAAAACUUUGUAUGAUAUUUUUUUAGGAGUCUUAUUUCUGUCCGUUUUUUC